AUGGCACUACAAAGCAUUGAAGAAGAGCCACUGGCUCCAAAUAUAGCAAGAUCAUCAAGGCCAAGCCUAAGGCAACUUAUGCAAGAAUAUGGCCACAAUGAUGAAGUUGAUCCGUGGACUGAGAUAUCUGAGAUAUCCGUUGGAGAAGGAUCCCCCUACAAGACUAAUGCAACAAAUAGAUUGAAGUCAGAGAUAGCCAAAAGUUUCGAGGAAAAUUUGCACAUUAACGAUUAUCGGGGCUUUGAUGGAGAGCGUUACGACAAACACCUUCCUGUGACCAUCGCCGGAAUUCUGCAAUUAGAACACAGCUUAUGGGCAGAGAAGCUGAUUGAAAUUCUCGAGGUCACAGAAGGCGAUCUACCCACACAGAUCAUAUUUUUCCAGAUUCUCCGACAGCUUCUGAGGUUCUAUGACAUUCCCUUCAACACAGUGCAAAUGGUUUGGAGACACUUGCAGGGAGUGUCGUGUAUGAGACAUGACGGAAAUGAAUUUUUUCUUGCCUGGAAGGACGAGGCAAGACUAACUUUAAAAGCCUACGGUAACAAAAUGAUUGAUCAUAUUGAUUCUUGCAAGCCUGGAGAGGAGCUUCUGGACUUUGUAGACACACAGACAGAUAUGGGAGCUGAUGGUUUAAGUCUCGUUGGGGAUUGGUCUCUAAAAGAUCAGAAAGCUCUUUUUGCCUUUUGGAUUUUGAACCAAUCUCAUUACCCAACAUUUAAAAGAAAUCCCAAAUUGCAAUUGUGGAUUGAAGCUCAAAUUGUCCAAACCAGAUUGAUCAGACGUAUUCAAAGUGCACCACUUGGUUUGCGCUCAUUGCGAGCUGCCCGGGUGGAGUCCGCUCUUUCAAAACUGACAACCUACUCAGACAUUAUUUUGGACUGUCACAACUCACUUGAGGACAAUGAUUAUAUGCCCUUCUUUCAGUCCAAAGUCAAAAUUCAUCCUUAUGGUUUGCAACUUGAUCAAAGUUUGACCCCCAAGGACAUCAUAGACAUCCUUAAGUUCUGGUCGCAAUUUAACUUGUAUCAUAAAUAUUUGUAG